GUAACCAUGUUGUGGUUGUUGGUGAACAGGGCGACCUCUAUGCGUGGGGAGUCGGACUAGGCGGACGACUUGGGUUGGGUCAUGAGGACGACUGUUGUGGACCUCAAGAAGUACCUUUUCCAGGGGAUGAAAGGGUAAUCAGUGUCAAAUGUGGAGGAGAUGGAACAAUGUUCAUCACAGAAGACAGAAAUUUGUAUGCCUGUGGAGGCAAUACAAGGAAUAAACUUGGACUCAAUCCUUCUGCACCUGUCUUCAAAUUGUUCUCCAAUGGCCUGCAGGUUGACAAAGCAUUAGUCCCAACAAGGGUGACAGCAUUGGGAAACAUCAAAGUUGCUGAUGUCAGUGUUGGUCUCACACAUACAGCAGUUCUCACUGAAACAGGGAAAGUGAUCACAUUUGGAAGGAAUUCAGAUGGACAACUUGGUAGAGGUCAUACAAGACAUAGUCCAAACCCUGGUUAUGUCAAACCUUUGGUGGCCAAAGUGGCAACAAUGAUAUGCAGUGGACCUUCUUUCACAAUUGUUGGAACUGUGGAAAACACAUUGUACAUGUGGGGCACGCGUUAUAUCAUGCCCAGCUCCAGGCCAAACAGCUACAAUAAGGACCAAGCAGAUGCAAUGCCCAACAACAACAAGAAGCAACCUCAUCAGGAUGGACAAGAAGAUCCAGCUCAAGUAAGGCAGAAUCUCCAUGGAGGAUCAGGGUCACAACCAAAUGUUCCUUCAAGAAUGCAAAACCUAAUUGGCUCUGGUAACAGUGGCAAUGCCAAUUCCAGGCUGGAGAAUUCCUUGUCAAGUUCUAUGCCUGAGUGGCUCAGAGAAGAAUUGAAAGAACCAAGACUUGAAAUUCCAAAAUCUCAACCCAUGGUCAAAGUGGCUUCAGCUGACGAUCUUGGAAAAUAUUAUUCAGAGCACCUGCCUGGAUCACCAUCCCCCGACGUGGGCAUGCCAAAGUUUCCAGUGGAAAAACAGAUGUCGCUGAAGAACCCGGAACCCAAACCAUGGGAUCCUCAAAUGCUGACGGAUGCCCCGAGUCCACAACACAGAAGACGAUUUUCUGCACCCGGAGACAUUCACAAGAAAAUUGCACUUGCGAACAAGGCCUUGCUGCAAGAAAAAGCAGAACAUAAUACUGUGAGAGCGAAGGGGACGUUUGAAAUCGCGCCAUUUUUCUCAAUGGUGGAGCGAGAAAUUCUCAAGCAAAUUCGUCACCUAAUUGGUUGGAAUUCUGGCGAUGGCAUAUUUUCUCCCGGUGGCAGUGUUGCCAACAUGUACGGCAUUGUAGCCAGUCGUUACAAAAAAUUCCCGAAUUCGAAAACCCAAGGGCUUCAUGGGUUGCCACCCAUGGCAGUCUUCGCCUCCGAAGACAGCCAUUAUUCAAUCGCCAAAAGCGCACAUUGGGUCGGCAUCGGAACAGAAAAUGUGGUUCCUGUUCGAACAGAUGAACUCGGUCGAAUGAUUCCGGACGAUUUGGAAUGGAAAAUUAACCAAAGCAAGGGUGCAGGGAAGGUGCCAAUUUGCGUGAUUGCCACCUGUGGAAGUACGGUUUUAGGUGCAUUCGACCCACUUCCCGAAAUCGGAGCCCUUUGCCGAAAACAUGAUCUUUGGCUUCACGUUGAUGCAUGUAUGGGCGGUGCUGUGAUAUUCAGCGGAAAAUUUCGCCACCUCUUGAACGGCGUAGAAGAAGCUGACAGCUUCAUUUGGAAUCCGCACAAGAUGCUCGGAGCACCUUUGCAGUGUUCAGCAUUCCUCAUAAAAGAACCCGGGUUUCUUUUGGAGUGCAACAAGGCGUCGGCGGCGUAUUUGUUCCAGCAGGACAAGUUCUACGACGUCUCUUACGAUUCUGGCGACAAAAGCGUCCAGUGCGGACGAAAAACGGAUUCCUUCAAGCUGUGGGCCAUGUGGAAGGCCAGGGGAACGUCGGGGUUCCGAAACCUGGUUGAAAAUGCGUUCCACUGUGCAAACUAUUUCUAUGACCAGCUGAAAGACAAGGACGGAUUUAAACUCGUUUUACGAGCAAAGCAAAGCGCCCAUGUUUGCUUUUGGUACAUUCCCGUGCGAUUGAGAGGACAAGAAGAAACUGAAGAAUGGUGGAACGAAGUUAGUAAGGUGGCGCCAGAAAUCAAGAAACGGAUGACUCUGAAAGGCAGCAUGAUGAUCGGCUACCAGCCAUUGGCGUCCAAAUUCGACUCCUUGAAAAAGGCAGACCAGUAG